CCGAGGCCGGGAGGGUUUAAACGGCGCGCAGGCGCGGACAGCGGAAGAGAGGGCGCGAACCCGGGGGCUGCGGGCUCUGGAAGUUUCAGGUGGCCGGUGACCGCAGGUGGUGAUGCUGGCGCGCGUGGGGCGGCUGCCCUGUGCCAGGCACUGAACCUUUCUGGGCUCGCGGCCCCUUCCGCGGAGCCGGUCGGUCGCGGGACUUAGCAAAGGCUCGGUGCGAGCACGAACGGAGUUUAUUCCCGGCAGAGCGCUUCGAAGGGUGCCUGGUCCCGGGUCGGCGCACCGACAAGUGAGCCCCUGCCGUUACUGCCGCUGCAUCCCCCGAAUCAGCCCGCUUCACUGCAUCCCCACCGCCGCACGCCAGGGUUCGUCCCCACAUCGUUCACCCCGAGUUAGGGAACGUCGUGUAUUAGAAAGAACUAUGUCUCAGGAAGGCGAUUAUGGAAAGUGGACAAUAUCCAGUAGUGAUGAAAGUGAAGAGGAAAAGCCAAAGCUAGACAAGCCCUCUACUUCUUCCCUCCCUCGUGCUAGGCAGGAAGCAGCAAAUGAGCCAAAAUACACCUGUUCUGAGGCUAGGAAAGCUGCCCACAGAAGGCAGAGAUCACCCGUGAAAUUUAACACGGGUGCAGUUUCAGAAGUUUCACCUCCCAAAAGGCAGAGGAGCGGUUCCCAGGAGGACCUAGGCUGGUGCCUCUCUAGCAGUGAGGAUGAGCUGCAACCGGAAACCCAGCAGGAGCAGGCGAAGGUCAAAGAGGAGAGUGGCAUCUCUUCCCUUAAAGACCGUGCUGCCCAAAGAGCCGGAAACCCCAGCCCUCCUGCAUACCACGGGCUCGAGGAGGAAGAGGAGUAUGACACUUCAGGGGAAGGCCAAGACCUUUGGGACAUGUUGGAUAAAGGGAACCCCUUCCGAUUUUACCUCACCAGAGUCUCGGGAAUUAAGCCAAAGUAUAACUCUGGAGCUCUCCACAUCAAGGAUAUUUUAUCCCCUCUAUUUGGAACACUUGUAUCUUCAGCUCAGUUUAACUACUGCUUUGACGUGGACUGGCUCGUAAAACAGUACCCGCCACAGUUCAGGAAGAAACCAAUCCUGCUUGUGCACGGAGAUAAACGCGAAGCUAAGGCUCACUUACACGCCCAGGCCAAGCCUUACGAAAACAUUUCCCUCUGUCAGGCAAAGUUGGAUAUUGCAUUUGGAACACACCACACGAAGAUGAUGUUGCUGCUGUAUGAGGAAGGCCUCCGGGUUGUCAUCCACACCUCCAACCUCCUCCAUGCCGACUGGCACCAGAAGACUCAGGGAAUAUGGUUGAGCCCCUUAUACCCACGAGUAGUCCACGGAUCUGGAGAAUCAAGAACACAUUUUAAAGCUGAUCUUAUCAGCUACUUAAUGGCUUAUAAUGCUCCUUCUCUCAAGGAGUGGAUAGAUGUCAUCCAUGAGCAUGAUCUCUCUGAAACCAAUGUUUAUCUUAUUGGAUCGACCCCAGGACGCUUUCAAGGAAAUCAGAAAGAUAAUUGGGGACAUUUUAGGCUUAGAAAGCUUCUGAAAGAGCAUGCCCCGUCCAUACCCAAGGGGGAGUCUUGGCCAAUAGUAGGUCAGUUUUCAAGCAUUGGCUCUUUGGGAGCUGACGAAUCAAAAUGGUUGUGUUCGGAAUUUAAAGAAAGCUUGGUGACCCAGGGGCAGGAAAGCAGGACCCCAGGGAAAAGUUCUGCCCCUCUUCAUUUGAUCUAUCCUUCUGUGGAAAACGUGCGGACCAGCUUAGAAGGCUAUCCCGCUGGCGGCUCUCUUCCCUAUAGCAUUCAGACAGCUGAAAAACAGAAUUGGCUCCAUUCCUAUUUUCACAAAUGGUCGGCUGAGACCUCUGGCCGCAGCAAUGCUAUGCCACAUAUUAAAACUUACAUGAGACUCUCUCCAGACUUCAGUCAUAUUGCCUGGUUCCUUGUAACAAGUGCGAAUCUGUCCAAGGCCGCCUGGGGAGCCUUAGAGAAGAAUGGCGCCCAGCUGAUGAUCCGUUCCUAUGAGCUUGGGGUCCUUUUCUUGCCAUCGGCGUUUGGCCUGGACAGCUUCAAAGUGACACCGAAAUUCUUCUCAGGGAGCAAGGAACCAGCGUCCUCCUUUCCGGUGCCGUACGAUCUUCCUCCAGAGCUGUACGGAAGUAAAGAUCGGCCGUGGAUUUGGAAUAUUCCUUACACCAAAGCACCAGACACACAUGGGAAUAUGUGGGUUCCCUCCUGAGACUCUCAAAGCUCUGUGAUAUUUAGGUAUUAGGUGUUAUUUGUACUGGAUGUUCACCAUGAAGUUUUCUCUACACCCCUACAAAACCGCAGAGGUCACUCUUGUGAACGUGGAUGCUGGUUAUACUUCCAAUGGUCAUCAACAGUAUCACUAAAAGUUUUUUAACUCAGUUUUCUAAACUUUGGAAUGAAAGCCUAACUGGACCACGCCAAGAGAAUGUACAUAAGAUCCUCCAAGUGAUGUCGAAUCUCAUGGUGGUGCCGCCUCUUCUGAACUGAGCACUGACUGCGUGUCCUCCUCCAUUGGGAAAGGUGCCCUUGAUUCAAGGGCCGCUUGUCAGGGGAAGCGUGUGCUUGUCCAUCAUGACCCCGCCCGCCUGCAGCCAUGCGUCUUGGGUGCCGCACAUGAGUCUGCGGGGGUCCACGGGGGUCGGCACGGCUGCUCCUGGGACCCCUGAGCCCCGCGGCCUCCCAGGGCUCUCCACGCUCCCCACGCGGUGCGGGCUGCCUGUCCGCCUGCUGAUGGGUCCCGCUGACCCCAACCACCUGCCCCUUCCUCACCCGUUCCUCAGAGUGGGGGGCGUCUCCUUCACCCCCUCACAUUUCCGGAGAAGAUAGCUCACAGAACAUACAAAAGCGCGGGUAUUUUACUUGGAAGAAAUCCUGAAAGAUGACCUAAUUUGGUUCCUUCUUUGCAAGUGAGGAAACGGGCCCAGAAAGGUUCAGGCUGCCCGCCCACAUCGCGUAGCUGGCUCACGCUCUGAGGCCCCUCCACUUCAUGUCCGGGUGUCAUUCAUGCUUGGGAUUCCAGGUCCCCAAGGUGACGUGGGCCUUCUUUUAUUUCCCUACACCAGACUGAUUUCAGUCUGUUACCACCUUCGUCUUACAACUUUGCAGAGUGUUGAAUGAUAAUUUCAGAAGAUUUUUGAAGACAGCUGUUCAGGCCGUUCCUCAGAGGCCUACGACUUUCACCUUUAGGAGCCGGCAGGCUGGGUGGGCUGCGCUGAUAGAGAAGUCUAGAAGACAGCUGCGGGCCUCCAGCCUCGUCCUGUCAGAGCCGCUCUGCCUCACCUAGUUCGUAUUUUGGGAUUCUGUCCUGGGUAUUAUCUGCGGUUGGGGGUAUACGUGUUCUGUCUGCUUUUAAGAAAAGUUGAAAAGCCAUUGAA